AAGCGUUAUCACACAGUAGACCUUUUCGUCCUCGUGUCCCGAGGAGUCCAUCGUCUUCUCAGGUGUUCUUUGUUCCUGUCUGUGUUUGUAGAACCUCUGCAUUGAGAACACCUGCAUCGCUGCUCACGAUAAGACGGGACGCUACGCCACCAUGUUCACGGUGGACAAAGUGCUCACGCCACCGAUGGGAACCGUCAUGGACGUCCUGAAGGCAGACGACCGCUUCAGCCUCCUGGUCGGAGCCGUCCAGACCGCCGGUAUGACGGAGCUGCUGAACCAGCAGGGGGCGCUGACCUUCUUCGCUCCCACCAACGACGCCUUCAACGUUCUCCCUCAGCCCGAUCUCAACAGGCUGAUGCGUAACCCUCAGGAGCUGUCGGCUGUGCUCCGGUAUCACCUGGGGGAGGGCAUGCUGGUCAGUGGAGGAGUGGAAGGAUCUCACACCAGAGUCAAACCUCUGCAGGGAGAGAAACUGGAGCUGGGCGUGCGUAACUACACAGUGUACGUCAACAAGGUCCCGGUCGCUGACGCAGACCUGAUGGCGACUAACGGAAUCGUCCACGCCGUCAACAGUAUCAUCAAACCUCUGCCUCCGAAGGUGGACAGAGAACAGGCCGAUGGACCUGCAGCUGCCUUCAGACCGGCGGCUUCCUCCGUGGUGGACUCCAAGAGCUUCAGGAACGACGAAAUGUUCCAGAAGGUCGUCCGCAGUCGCUCCAGCAGGACGAUGACCCAGUAGAACCCAGAAGAACAUCUGAGGAACCAAAGAACACAAAUGGUUCUGGUCUUGAAGAAAAAAUCCCCCUGAAGUCUUUUAACAUCUGAAACAGAAACGACUUCAAACCGCUUCUAUAAUAACAGUUAUUAACGUCCAGCUGAGCGCUUCAUGUUUCAGUGUUUUCUGAAGGAUUCCACAACUUCUAAACAAAAGGAAACCUCGUGAUGAAUGAGCCUCAUUUAAUAAUCUUAUUCACAAAGAUCAGCGCUGAUACGGUAGCUAUUGAUUGUUUUGUCCCAUUAUUAGUUUUAUUAUUAUUAUUUUGUCUUCAGUAAAGAGACCUAGCAGUUCAACCAGUUAUUAGGACCAGUGUGAAUGUGUAUCAGUGAUCAACAUAUGUUUGAGGAUCUCAGGGGGAUUUUUAUUCACUUUGUGGAGAAAGAAGAAGAAAUAAUGUUGUUUUUUAUUAUAAUUUUUACCGACUGUUUUGUUUUCUUUGUACUGUAAAAAUGUCACUUCUGAAAUCCAAAGUUUGAACUUUCACAUGUAAAACUUUUGUAAAGUGUGUUUUUCUAGUUGUGUACUCUGCGUGUUGUCGUCCUACAGCAUGUCAGCAGGUCUGAGCUCAAACUAACAAACAAACCUGUUGGAUUCAUGGAGCUUUUUAGGAUGUUUUUUGUAAAAUAAAACCGGAAAAUGAGCUCUAGAAAAGUUGUGUGUGUGUGUGUGUGUGUGUGUGUGUGUGUGUGUGUGUGUGUGUCCCCUGCGUGCUUCCUCUCACUGGCCCUGAAGGCGGAUCAGAGUUCUGAAACAUUAACGUGGUCCAGGUGAGAUCAACAGAACUUCUUGUUAACAGACUUUAAUGUGAAGCAGUGAACGUCUCACUGAGAGAACCUUCAGUUUCCUGCAGAGGGAAAAACACAGAAUGUAAGAAAGUAAAAGAACAACAACUAUGAAUGAUGAACGUGUUCAGGAGACACUGAACAUGUCUCCAUAUUUAAAGGACAUAUGAAAUAUGGACGUAUUGUAGCAAACAGUUGGUCACUGAGACCUUUACUUUGAAACCUUUCAGGUCUCAGGUGGAGCUCAUUUCAGAAAACAGAAACAGAAGAUUUAAAUGUUGAAAUGUUCAUGUUGAAUCUAGAAUAUGAAGUUAGUCACAGUGAAGACUUUCUUUCUAAAGUGAUGAAGCUGCAGAAAUAUGAGCGUCUACUUUGAAGUAACUUCAUCUUAAAUCAACACGUUCAAUUUAUUAAAUCAACUCAUUCUGA